GACGACAGCUGUUUCUUUGAAUUGUAAGGCCUGUUGCUGCUGCAAAUGGAAAAAUUUGUCGAUUUGAGAUGGUUAUUUUCACACGAGCAAGUACUAAUGUGUUCCGACAGAAAUGAACCUUAUUACAAUUUGUUUAGCCUGCAUCUCUUUGACAGCAUGCAAAGCUUUGUGUUUAUUGAGCACAGGUCUCUAUCAAAAACCCUCACCAACAAUGCACUACAAAGCUAUCAGGGGAGAAGUGUUUAUGAUGCCAUGUAAGAACUGGUCCAGGGUUGAAAAGGAGAUUUACAACAACGACUUUGCUCAGUUCAAAGCUGAAGUAUCACACUCGGGAAAUUACACAUGUUUAACCAGCACUGGUUGGCAGUUCCUCCAUCUCGAGGUUGUUGAUAACACAUUGGGAUGUUGGAGUGCUAAGGAGAGCAGAGUGACACUGAAGAUCGGAGCUGGAGGAUAUAUCACAUGUCCAGGACACAACUGCAGCAAUAGCACCAAUACUGUCUGGUACAAGGGAAAUAUGAGGGUAUCUGAGCUCAAGAAGCUCAAAAAAAGAGGACUAUCUUUCAUUGCUGGAUGCCUUUUACUGCAUGAAGUGAUGGAAUACGACAAUGCUGUGUUUUUCUGUGACCAAGAGCUGAGCGAGCGAGGUGAUAACUGGACCAUUAGGAGUUCUGUUACCGUCGAGGCUUUAUAUAUUGAUAAGUACCCUCCAAGAAUACUACGUCCAGCGAACGACAUAGUAGAAGAGGUGGAGCCGGGUUUGAGUCAUACAUUAAAAUGCGUAGUGGAUUUUCCCAAAGCAGAUCCCACAGUCAUCCAGUGGUUCAUGAAAGACAAUGGCCAUUUAAAAAAUCUGACGAUGGAGAAGAUAGAAGAAGUGAAGGAAGUUAAAUGGGAGACUCGGGUCAUUGGAAAAGCCAUAAUUGAACAGGUGGCAUCCCAGGACCUAAACAAAACAUACAUCUGCAUCGCACAAAACACAUCUGGAAACGUUAGUUCAACAAUUUACCUCAAGAAGACACAUAACAUACAAUGGCCAUCUCUGAUUGAAUAUUCUUUAGGAUCAAUACUGUUUGUCUCAAGUCUGGGGAUCGUUGUAUAUUUGAAAUGGUUGGAGAUACAGCUCAUUCUGAAAUCCUGCUGGACUUUUGAUAAAGCAGAUGUAGGCCAUAAAGACUUUGAUGUGUUUUUAUCAAGUGUGUGGAGUACCACAUCAGUGGAUAUGGUUUCCUCUCCUCUGAGACACAACAAGGAUGAUGGCACGUUCCCAUUCAGUUUGGACCCUCUGGAAUUGGAGGUGCCUUCAGAGAGCCUGGAGCAGCUCCUGCCCCAUGUGUUGGAGGACCAGUGGGGGUAUCGCCUUUGCCUGAUGGACCGGGACUUUCUCCCAGGGGAAGCUUACACUAAGGAUGUGGUAAAUGCUAUUCAAAGAAGCCAGAUGUUAAUUUGUCUCCUGUCAGCUGAAUACUUCUCAAACAACAAUGCUGUGUUUGUGCUUGAAUCAGGAGUGCAGGCACUGCUGCAAAACUCAGGUUUCAAACUGCAGCUAAUAUGGACGCACAGGGGCCCAGCUUCCCUCCAACAGUUGGACCCACCACUUCCUGUUGUCAUUCAAAAAGCCUUGAAAGUACUUCCUGUUCUCAAAUUUACAUCAGUAACAAAUACUAAUUUCUGGAGGUCUUUGAGGAAAGCCAUGCCCCAUCAAAGAAUCUCCUCUCUUCAGAAAUGAAUGGGACUGUUUUUUGUUUUUGUUUUUUGACUGCCCCUAUGCCUUACAGCAUUCAUUAUAAGUCAAGGAAACCUUCACCACUUGACAUCUGAGUAUUUUAUGGAAACAUGUUCAUAAAUUAGGGUUGUGCAGUUAGUACAGUUUUAAUGAAUCUUAAAUCAAGAUUCAGCCAUUUCUAAUAAUCAAUGAUCAUCUUGGGUUUUUAAUAGAGAGGCAUACAGCCAAUUCUCUGAGUAAAAGCAUGUGGUAGAGCACAAUUCAGACUUGAAGGAAGACUUUUUCAUGUCAGUUAUUAAAUGCCUGUAUUGUUUAUGUUUGGGAAGGUAACUUUGAAAUAUAUUUUUACAUUUAUUUUUAGUUUUUACUUUCUCUUUAGAAGCAAUUGGAAAUAUAAUGACCACCAUCAUUAAUGUUUUCUCAAUGUUUUAUUUUAUUAUAAACAUAUCUGAGAAGAGUGAUUGUAACAACUUAUAUUUCCUCAGUACCUAAUUUUAAAUCCAUGGCCUAAACAAGUACAGAUUGAAAAGAUCCCCCUUCUUGAGCCCCCCAGCUUAUGUAAAGAGUCUUUUUGUGGACAUCAUAUUUUAUAACCAAGUCUCCAAAUAGGUUUGUAGGUAAAUGUAGGGGGUUUAUUGAUGAAUAAAUAAAACAAUGAAUGCAUAAGACUAUAACAAACCCAUAGCAUAAAAGAGUGGCAUAUUAAGCAAAAUUAAAUUUGUAAAAAUCUGAUAAUGAACAGUAAUUAUUCUGUACAAAUAUUCAUGCAUGUCCCACUUUGUUAAACCUGGAAAUUAAAAAAAAAGUAUGUACAUUUUCACGCAUACAUUAAGCAGGAUUUUUUUCUGGGUGAUCUAUCAGUUUAACCACACACAGGACAUGACUGUAUUAUCUACCAUAAUCAUGUUAAGCCUGGGGAGAUAAACAGGUUACACAC